UCCCACCACAUCAGAGACGGUUACUUUCUCACAAGAAUGCUACCACUACUACUUAAAGGCUACACUACUCGCUCUUCUCAUUUUCCAUUUUCCAUCAACUUACAAACAAAAUCGCGUUCUCUCAAAACUCUUCACCCAAAACACACUCUCUCUCUCUCGUAACCGCUUUUCACCACACCAACAAUGCCUCGUCGCGGUGGUGGAAGACAUUCCGAGAUACGCCAUAACCAACCAUCGCCGGUUCCGUCUCAACAAACGUCUUCCAAUGCAGAAGGAUCAGGCCGUGGCGGUGGCUCGCGCGGUGGACAUACCGUUCAAUAUUCUUCUCCGGCGUAUCCACCGCCUCCGUCGUCUACUCCGGCGACCUUUGCUCCAUCUGUAGCAACGCCUGUUGCUAGUACAAGUUCGUCACCAAGCCUUUCGUCUCCGGCGACGGUUUCAUCGGAAAGGCUGAGUUCCGAAGUUGAACAGAAACUUACUCUGCAGACCGCUUCGGUUCCAUCGUCGGUGAAAGCUUUAAGGUUCCCUAACCGACCAGGUUUCGGUAGAUUGGGAAGGAAAAUUCAAGUUCGUGCUAAUCAUUUUCAGUUGCAAGUCGCUGACAAGGAUCUACAUCAUUACGAUGUAUCGAUUUCGCCGGAGAUUGCUUCGAAAAAAGUCUCACGAGAUGUAAUGAAUCAGUUAGUGAAAAUGCAUCAGGCGACAAUGUUAGGUAAUCUCAUACCUGCCUAUGAUGGGAGGAAGAGUCUGUUUACUGCUGGUCCAUUGCCGUUUACUUCUAAGGUUUUUGUGGUCAACUUGGUUGACGGAAAUGGAGGAUCAUCUUCUGGUUCUACUAAGAAAAAACGUGAACGUGAGUUUAAGGUCACGAUACAAUUUGCUUCAAAGACUGACAUGUUCGGUCUUAAUCAGUUUCUCAGUCGUUUGCAGCUUGACUGUCCUUAUGAAACCAUUCAAGCACUUGAUGUUGCUUUGAGAGUGACAUCGUCUGAAAUGUAUACUGUUGCUGGGAGGUCUUUUUUUUCUCCCAGUUUUGGGGCACCGGGGCCUCUUGGCGGUGGGACUGAAUUUUACAGAGGAUACUAUCAAAGCAUUAGGCCAACACAGAUGGGACUUUCUUUGAAUAUCGAUGUAUCAUCAAGGGCCUUCUACGAGCCCAUUUUGGUGACUGAAUUUGUUGCUAAACAUUUUAAUUUGAAUUUAUCAAGGCAGCUGUCUGAUCAAGAUUGUGUUAAGAUCAAAAAAGCCUUGCGAGGUGUUAAGGUGCAACUUUCUCAUGGAGAUGGCAUAAGGACUUACAAGAUCAACGGUGUUUCAAAAGAACCACUCAGAAACCUAACGUUUACUCUUGAUGACCAAAUAACAAAGAAAAAAGUUAUUGAUUAUUUCCGUGAGAAGUACAAAAUUGAGUUAAAGUAUCCAAUUCUUCCUGCUCUCCAAGCUGGCAAUGACACGAAACCUGUUUAUUUUCCAAUGGAGCUUUGUCGAAUUCAACCUGGUCAGAGGUACUCCAAAAGAUUGAAUGAAGAACAAGUAACUGCUCUUUUAAGGGCCACCUGUCAGCGUCCUCCUCAGAGGGAAAGUGAUAUUAAACAGAUUGUGAAGCAGCAUGGUUUUAAGACAGACAAGGUUGUGCGUGAGUUUGGGAUUGAUGUUAGGGAGGAUCUUGCAUUGGUUGAUGCCCGUGUUUUGUCCCCCCCAACGCUCAAGUAUCACGGAACUGGUGGUGAAUCUAAAAUUGACCCCAGGAUGGGUCAAUGGAAUAUGAUUAAUAAGAAAAUGGUUGAUGCUGGCAAGGUUCAAUUCUGGAGUUGCAUUUGCUUCUCAACAAGAAUUAACUCAACAGAAUUUUGUGCAGAGUUGAUCCGUAUGUGUCAAGCAAAGGGAAUGCUUUUCAGCCGAGAACCUUUGGUACCUAUAACCCAAGCAAAUCCGAAACAAAUUGAGAGAGAGCUUGUGGAACUUCACAAGCAGUGUAAAACAAGUCUUGAUCGCAUGAAGCAGGUUGGAAGGCUACAAUUAUUGAUUGUUAUUUUGCCUGAUUUCAAGGGGAAAGCAUAUGAUUCAAUAAAGCGAGUAUGUGAAACAGAAUUAGGAAUAGUGUCACAGUGUGUUCAGCCAAGGCAAGCAGUGAAGAUGCAAAAGCAGUAUCUUGAAAAUUUGUCUCUGAAGAUUAAUGUCAAGGUUGGUGGUCGUAACACAGUCUUGAAUGAUGCAUUCGAGAAGAAAAUUCCUUUGGUAACCGAUAAACCAACCAUAAUAUUUGGUGCGGAUGUAACACAUCCUCAGCCAGGGGAAGACUCAAGUCCUUCUAUUGCUGCUGUUGUGGCAUCCAUGGAUUGGCCUUGGGUUACAAAGUACAGAGGAAUUGUUUCUACACAGCCUCAUCGUGAGGAAAUUAUCCAGGAUCUUUAUAAAACAAUUGUACAUCCUCAGAGAGGAAUUGUGCACAGUGGAAUGAUAAGGGAGUUAAUUCUGGCUUUCUAUAAAGAGACUAAGUUUAAGCCUGAGCGGAUUAUAUUUUACAGAGAUGGAGUAAGUGAGGGACAGUUCAGUCAGGUUUUGCUUUAUGAGAUGGAUGCGAUUCGAAAGGCUUGUGUCUCUAUAGAGAAUGGGUAUCUACCUCAAGUUACUUUUGUGGUGGUCCAAAAGAGACAUCACACUCGUCUGUUUCCCGUUGGUCGUGAUCAGACAGAUAGAAGUGGAAAUAUAAUGCCAGGAACCGUGGUAGACACACACAUAUGCCACCCCAGAGAAUUUGACUUUUAUCUGAACAGCCAUGCUGGUAUUCAAGGCACCAGUCGACCAGCACAUUAUCAUGUGUUGUUUGAUGAAAAUAACUUCAGUGCUGAUCAGUUACAGAGUUUAACCAAUAAUUUAUGCUACACUUAUGCAAGGUGCACUCGAUCAGUGUCAAUAGUUCCUCCGGCCUAUUAUGCACACUUGUUAGCUUUUCGAGCUCGCUACUACACUGAUGCUGAUGCUUCUGAUGCCGAUUCUGGAAGUGGUAGCAGGGGCGUGAACGUUCAGGUGAAACUGCCUGCAAUUAUGGAUAACGUCAAAGAAGUUAUGUUUUACUGUUGAUAUUGGUUUGGCAUGCAAGUGUGGAGGGGUUGAUUAGGACACUUGUGCAUUCAAAAUGCUUUUUUGGAUAUAAAACAUGUUUUGCCACCUGUUUUUUGGGUAGGACCUUUUUUUGUUGGAAUGUGGUUGGUUGUAAGUAGUAACCAUGCUUUGGGUUUGGCGGACCGUUUUUUUCCUUGUAAUAUGUUUGGUUGUAAGUAUUAAGCAGGCUUUUGGUUCUGGAUACAACACAUGUCGCAACCUUGGAUAUGAUGGUUAUACCUAUUUUUUGAACUGUGGUUAUAGAAUGUCUGCUAUAUUUUGUAUGUGCAUAGUAUAUUGUGUCCAAUUAAUUCUCUCCCGUAUCACCACAGGAAUAUGAUGAGGCGAUUUUUGAAGCUUUAA